AUGGCAUGCUUGAGAGACAACUUUCAGAAUGGCGUGUUGCUCGAUGGUCGGUAUAAGACCAUCUCUCCCCUCAACCAUGGCUCCUUCGGCAUGGUCUUCAUGGCCAAGGACAUCAAAACCGACGAGACCGUCGCCAUCAAGUGCUUGACUAAGAAGGAAGCUGCUGAUGACCUCGGCUUCGACUUCGCCAUCGAUGAGAAGUCGGAGGAGCUCGUGCUCCACAGCCGCCUUGGAUCGCACCCCAACAUUGUCAACCUCCUCAACACCUUUGAGACCGAGGCUCACCUUUACCUCGUUCUGGAGUUCUGCCCUCAGGGUGACCUGUACGAGGCCAUUCGCAACGGUCACGGACCUCUCGAGACCGAGCACGUUCGGCAGUUCAUGUUGCAGCUUGUGGAUGCCGUCGAUUACAUCCACUCCAAGGGUGUCUUCCACCGAGACAUCAAGCCCGAGAACAUCUUCCUGACCAAGUCUGGUGACAUGAAACUGGGCGACUUCGGACUUGCGACGACCGAGAACUGGACUUUGGAGAACACCGUCGGUAGCGACCGCUACAUGUCCCCCGAGCAGUACGACUCGGCCGGCGCCGGCUACUCUCCUGCCCAAGCCGAUAUCUGGGCCAUUGGUAUCUGCCUUCUCAACAUCCUCUUUUCACGAAACCCAUUCACCACCCCGACCGAGGCGGACCCGCUCUUCCUGGACUUCUCCAGGGACAAGCAGUCCCUCUUCGACGUCUUCCCUUCCAUGUCGCAGGACACUUACGAGGUAAUUGUCCAGUGCAUGAGCCUGGACCCCAAGAAGAGGUCUCUCGUCGGUGCCCGUGCUGCCCUCCAGCGUGUUGUCAGCUUCACCACUACUGAGGAAGACGACGAUGACUUCUGCUGCGCCGAGCGUCAUGUCAUGGCCAGCGCCAACCGCGAGCCUCUUCGCACACCCUCCAUCCAGAGCCCUCAGGUCGACCAGGGUGCUUUCCCCUGGGCCAAGGCCCUACACACUACGCCGCCCAAGCCCAUCCGCCAGCUCAGCGCCAUCGCUGAUGACGAGAGCUACACCGAGGACUUGUUCUCCAAGUCAGGAGAGACUGCCGACUGGUUCAGCUCUGCUCAGACGCCGUCCAUCUCUUCCACCCUCAACUCUAGCCUUGGCGUCUCGAUGAAGUCGCUCCACAUUGGUCGACCCAUGAAGGCGGCGCCUCGCCCCAUUCCCAAGGUCUCACCCAUGGCUGGCUCUCUUCCGAUCAACAUGACCAAGCCCCGGAGCAACCUGUCUUCCAUGUCCUUGGUUUUCGGUCGCAAAGAUGUUGUCUCCAAGAGCUGGAGCGACAUGUGGGACGAGGAUGAGGAGGAGGAGGAAGCGGAGCGUGAGAAGCAGAUGCAGUCUCUAAAGGACCUCAACUCGAGGACUUGGAGCCACGACAGCAAGCUGGAUGAACAGAACGAUUGCGAUACGGUUGACGCUACCCCCAUUGCGACUACCCCUCAGCGUUCGCACCAUGACAGCGCCAAGCUGAUCCACAACGACAUUGACAGCGACCACGCUGCCGAUGGAUUCUUCUUUCAACAGUCGUCUCCACCAAAGUCGAAGCCAAUGCUGACCACUCGUCAAUCGCCCCCUAAGCGGGACAACCUUGACAAGUGGUCUGCUUUGGGUCAGCGCCGUCGCGGGCUCACGGGCUCGUCGUACUCGCAAAUGUCACCCGAGUUUCCUCGACAACAACGAACAAUUGGGCUGGGAUACAAUUCUUAUGCAGCGGGAGUUUGGGACCACACUGGGCAUCACAACAAUCACAUUACUCACAACAAUCACAUUACUCACAACAAAUCACCUAAGGAAAAGGUCAAGGAUUGCCCCUGGAAUAAGGGCAGAGAUUGGAAUUACUGGCGCAGGGAGAAGCGCAAUGAUCUCGCAGAUGUCGAGUGGGUUGGUGGCUGGCAGGAAGCGCAUUCCUAG